AUGCAAUCAGCAUUUGUCCGCCGAGUUCAAUUACACACAACAACUUUUUGCAGGAUUAAAAAUAAACGUUCUCUGCACGUCGAACGUAAAGUUAAAGUGAAGGACACUGACAUUAAUAUUGUAGAAUGUGGACAGGGUACCAAAACCGUUUUGCUUAUGCCAGGCAUUAUGGGAUCGAUUUGGACAGAUUUUAGUCCACAAAUCAGAGAAUUGCCCAAAUUACUGCCUAAUCACACAAUCAUUGCUUGGGAUCCACCUGGAUAUGGUAAAUCGGUUCCACCUACCAGAGAAUGGAGAACAGAUUCAUUGCAAAUUGAUGCAGAAUAUGCUGUGGAUUUAAUGAAAUCAUUAAACAAAUCAACAUUCUCGAUUAUUGGUUGGAGUGCUGGAGGCACAACUGGUCUUAUAGCAGCUAAUCGCUAUCCUGAAAUGGUAGAAAAACUUGUGAUUUGGGGCAGUGGUGCUUAUAUGUCCCGAAGUGAGUUACAACUGUAUGACGGAAUGCGGGAUGUUAGCAAAUGGCCAGCGAAAAUGCGCAACCCUAUGGAGGAAAUAUACGGUGUUGAAAGAUUCUCAAAAUUGUGGAAUGAUUUAGUCGAUACCCUUUUUAAAUUGCCCAAUGGCGAUGUUUGCACAAACGAAUUGAAUGCAAUUGAAGCACCUACGCUAAUAUUGCAUGGCAGGAAAGAUCCCAUGAAGCCAUUUGAACAUGUUGCAUAUUUAAGAGAGCACUUAAAGAAUACAAGAUAUUAUGAAUUCCCCGAUGGCAAACACAACAUUCAUAUUGCGUAUGCUAAUACAUUUAAUAGGUUAGUCAGUGAAUUCUUGUUGGAUACAUCACUGCCAUAG